CACAGAAACACUACAAAAAUGGCAUCUCGACCGUCUCACUUCGAGGAGAACCUUCUGUGCCCGGUUUGCCGUGAUGUCUUCAGGGAUCCCGUCCUCCUGCUGUGUUCUCAUAGCUUCUGCUGGGCCUGUCUGGAUCAGUACUGGGACACCACCAGCUCGCAGAGAUGCCCUGUGUGCCGGACAGACUUCUACAUGGACCGUCCUCCGUGCAACCGCGCUUUGAAGAACCUGUGCGAGAUCUUCCUGCAGGAGAGAAGCAAGACGGUGUCAACAGAGGUCGAGUUAUUCUGCAGCGCGCAUGGAGAGAAACUUGAGCUCUUCUGUCUGGAGGACCAGCGUCUGGUGUGCGGAGUGUGUGUGAACGCUGACACACACGUCCAUCACGCGUGCUCACCUGUGGAUGAAGCUGCGGUGGCCCUCAAGGAGGUGCUCAAAACAAGACUGAAGCCUUUGCAAGAGAAGCUCAAACUUUUAAAAUCAGAGAAAUUCAUCUGUAAUCAAAGAGCGAAACACAUCAAGAACCAAGCCGAGCAAACAGAGGCACAUAUUAAGAAAGAGUUUGAGCAGCUUCAGCAGUUUCUGCGUGACGAAGAGGCGGCCAGGAUUACUGCUCUGAGGGAGGAAGAGGAGCAGAAGAGGAAGGAGUUAGAGGAGCAGAUGAUGAGGAUUAACAGUCAACUCUCAUCUCUUGUAGAAAGAAUGAGGACCACCGAGGAAGAGAUAGAGUCCAACAACAUCUCAUUCCUGCUGAAGUACAAAGGCCCACCUGACAGUUCUCAGUGCAGCAGUCCAUGUCCAGAGAAGCUUCCCAAAGUACUGAUCGAUGUGGCAAAGCACCUGGGAAAUCUGAAGUUCGGAGUGUGGCAGAAAAUGAGCGCUGCUGCUCAAUACAUUCCUGUCAUCCUCGACCCCAACACUGCUCACCCGUGUCUGCACCUGUCUGACGAUCUGAGCGAUGUGCGCUUCGGUCAGUGGAGUCGACAGACCAUGGGUUACAUGGAGAAACGUGAGGGCUAUACGAGCGUCCUGGGCUCUGAGGGCUUCAGCUCUGGGACUCACCGCUGGGAUGUUGAGGUUGGUGACAACACCACCUGGGCCUUGGGAGUGAUUUCAGAGUCUGCCAUCGAGAUGCGAGACGACCCGCCCAGUUGUGGUCUAUUACGCAUAGGCUUCCACAACGGAAUGUACGGACAAGGUCUUUCUGGGGAGUUUCUCACGCCGCUCACGGUGAAACAGAAGGUCCAGCGCGUCAGAGUCCAGCUGGACUGGGACGGAGGGAAACUGUCGUUCUUCGACCCUCUCAGCGACACUCAUCUCCACACCUUCGAGCACACCUUCAGCGAGAGAGUGUUUCCGUACUUCUGUAACGUGUGUCCGUCUCAGGCGCUGCGCAUCUUGCCGGUGGACCUCUCUGUCGCAGGACUGGAGGUUCAUGGACCGUCUGCGCCUGAUAGUGAGCAAGCAGAGCUGCAGAAGUGAAAGAAGCUCAUGCACUCUUAGAAAAAAGGCUUCGAUAUUGAACUCAAGGGUUCUUGACUCGAUUUUAAAUGCCCAAAAGGUUCUAUAAGGUGAAAUGUCUUAAAUGAUUUAAUGUUGUUUAUAUGGUGUUUUUAAUAUGCUUUAAGACAAACCAUGUGCAAAUUCAUAAGUCAACACCAUUGCUGAAUAUUGCUCUCUUUAAAAAUGCAGUGAUCUAAAGACGUUUCAAAAACGCGGUUUGAAAUCGCUGGUGUUUGUGACGUCACAAACUACCUUGUAACCAAUCACGUCAACGUGGGGGCGGGCUUUAGCAUAUCAUUAACUAUGAGCGCUCUGAAGCAGGAGAGUCUCGAGAAAAAAAAAUCAGGUAGAUUUAGCAAUAUAGCAGGUGUAUGAUGUAUAUUACGAUGUUAUGAUGAACGAUACGUCUUUCUCCACUGACGUUCUGAUUUGUUCAAAGUGUUUUGAAGGAUACUGAUUUUUGAAGGCAGCUGUCUGACUCUUGAGAUCGCGAACGGGAACAUAGUUUGUGUAACAUUAGCAACACAUUAUUAGCAGCUAAGCAAAAGGCUUAUCAUUUAGGCUUAUCAAAGCGAUACCAUUGUGCAGCGUUUACCUCAGUAAGUUGACCGAGUGGACCUCUGAGCUUGUGCGAGUGAGUGGAGGCGGGGCUAAUUAGCAUAUUCAUAGAUCCGCAUCCAAAUGAAGCAAGGGUGUCGAGUUACAUUCAAGCUAUUUUAAGGCAUGUAGAAACCUUUUUUCACAGGGAAAAAAAGUAAAUAUGUCAUUUUGGUGAGUUUUAAGGGAUAAAAUUAUUAACUACAGGGGGACUUUAAGUUUCCAUAUAACCUUUUCUUCUAAGAGUGUACAGAAAAAAAUCAUUUAAAAUCCCUAUGGAGAAAAUGAAUGGGGAAAAUUAUUACAGAACCAAGAGCCACUGUGAAUGUGCAAAAUAACUGAAUUAUGUACAUACAUAAUAUUUAUUAUUUCGUAUUAUUUUCAUGUCAGUGAUAAGAAAAAGGACCUAAUUACCACAGCAGCAUUGACAGUAAUGUCUUUCGAAUAAAAGAAAUGCUCAACAAGCUGACAGACUGGUACAGUAUAUAUAUAUUGCGACGUCCCGUGCUGUAGUCACAAAAUCUUUGGACAUAACAUUUGAACACGGUAUGAACGCUUCCAGCAUUUCCGUCACCGGUUUUGGUGUUAUCGUUGUGUUUAGAGUGACGUCUAGACUGAAACACAUCUGUAAAAAUCUGAUUGGAAUCACAUCUCCAAAUGUGGUUUGGAUCAGAUUUGAAAAAAAAAAAAAAUCAGAUUUCAUUUGUUUUUUGUUUUUGUUUUUUGUUGUCCAGACUUUCUAAAAUCCAUCUGGAUAUGCAAAAAAUCUGAUUUCUUCUGGCAGUCUGAACAUAGCCUUAGCUUAAUUUGCCCAAAAUAGUUUGACAUUUUCUGUUAAUUAUUAUUACACAUUGUGUGUGUGUGUGUGUGUGUGUGUGUGUGUACUUGCACAACUAUCUUUGUGAGGACUGGUUUGAGUUUUAGACCAUUGGAGUGAGGUCAAAGACCCUUUAAAGGCCUGUUUGAGGGACAAGACUUGGUUUUAGGGAUUAAGUGUAAUUAAGUGUAGGUUUUGUCAUUGGUGAUCUGCUCUUGUGUUUGUUUUGGGUGAAUUUAGCAAAUCUUUUGGUUCAGGUUCAUGUGGAUGACUUUUUUUUUUUUUUAAUUGAUUAAUUUGUAUCACCUGUGUCUCAUUUGUCAUGCGUGUGUAUUUAAACCCUGUGUUUUUUCUGUUCAUUGUCUGAUUUUGUCCAUGUGUACAGGUUGUUCUGUUCAUGUUUUGCUACCUUUAUUAUUCUGAGUGUUUAGUUUCUUUGAGUUUGAUUUAAUAAACUAACUGCUGUGUUUAGGUCCAGCUCAUAUUAUUUAUAGCUGCGGCCGAGUGUGACAGGUUUAGGGUAAGGGUUCCGAUCGCAUUGCGUCAAUGAAUGUCCUCACAAAGAUAGGUGUGUGUGCUCUAAAUAUAAUUAUUUUAAAUGUUUAUGUUUAACUGUGGAAGUAUUUUUUGGGUUGCGUGACAAACUGUCCUGCUGUGAAUUGCGACACAUGCCUGUAAUUAUGAGCCGUGUGGACCCUUCCCACAAACACACAAGACAUUGCACACAUUGCUCUGUCUGAAAGAAAGAACACAUUCUUCUGUUCAAUUGCACAAUGCUUUAUUCUGUAUAUCAU